UUCAGUCUUCAUUUAUAAUGUGUAUCUUUGUAAUUUUUAUUCUACUAAUACAAGAGAUAAACAAUUUAUUCAUUCUAGAACGAUAUCUCGUAAAACUAUGUAUUUAUCGAUGAUAUAUUCUCUUUACAGCCAUCAUUCCAUUUGGCCGAAUCUUCCUAACAUUUUAAUCUUCAAUAAUCCCCUGACCGCUUAAAUAUGCUAAUUGAGAACAGACCGCUGCAGAUGCGUGUUCAACUAAUAUUAUUUGCGCGAGUGUCAUUCAGUACGAUCGUCAGUGUUCUUAGUUCUUACUCUUGUGUAUACACGAUGAAGUUCAGCGUAGAAUCUACUGCUUCGUAUAACAGCAUUCAUCCAGCUUACCAUUAUACUGAGCAGUUUGCUAAUAAUGGCGAAACUUAUCGAGAUAGUACUAAAUGGUACGGUGUAUUCUUAGCGUUCCUAUCAGGAACUUUUUUUACUAUCAGCUCUGCUUUAGUCAAGGCGGUCCGUAACGUAGAUCCUAUGAUUCUACUGGCUAUUCGUGCUCUCGUGCAAAUUUUAGCAAUGGCCAUUGUAGUCUGUAAAUCGUCCAGCAAUAUCACGGGUCCUUCUGGUCAAAGACUGCUUAUACAUUUUCAGGGCAUAGUGGGUGGCAUGACAUUGUCGUUGCUAUAUUACAGCUUUAGAGAAUUACCUCUAGGUGAUGCUACCACAAUCAUCUUCAGUUCGCCAGUGAUUGUAAUUACUCUUUCUUUCCUUUUUCUAAAGGAACCUUGUGGUGUUCUGCGAAUAAUAGUAGUUUGCACUCUCUUUGGUGGUGUUGUUUUAGUUGCCAGGCCACCAUUCUUAUUUCAGAUGCAUCAUGCCGAACACUAUAACCUUAUGGGAUAUGUAUGUGCUCUCCUGGCAACCCUCUUUACAGCUCUCAAUCUUGUUAUGAGAAAAUGUUCGGAGAUACACUACUCCAUUAUAGUUCUGAAUUUGUCAAGUUGGUCAUUUGCUGCCGCUGUAUUUUAUAUCGUGGUAUCUGGCGGUUAUGAGCACAAACUAAAAUUGCCACAUGAUUAUUUCACUUGGAUCCAAAUCUGUUGGUGGCAUGUACCGGCCUUAUGGGGCAGGUAUUAAGUAACGAAGGCGUUAAAAAUUGAAAGUGCAGGUAAAGUCUCAGUCACAAGAUCACUGGAUAUAUUUUUGGCGUAUAUGAUUCAAGUAUAUCUCUUCGGCGAAAAACCUACAUCGACUAGUGUAAUAGGCGCGGUUCUAAAUUUUUCUGUCGUUUGUAUGGGUUUCGAGAAAGAAAUAUAUUCUAUUUGCGACUUUAUUCCCUAG